AUGUCUACCACCGCUUACAUUUACACUGCUCCUGUGACUCCUGUGCGCGCGUCUGGUACGCGCCCCAGAGUUACCUCUCAAACCUCUACUACCUCCGUCUUCACUCGGACCUCCUACGCAUCGAUGUGGGAACCGAAGCCCCUGUCCACCUCUGGCUCAAUGACCUCUGUUUCCGUGGCCGACUCUGACGACGGUGCCGAUCUUGUCAAGGACGCUGAGCGUUCAUCUCAUCUGCAGGACGUCAUCGCCGCCUAUCGUCAUACCCAAGAGCUCGAAGCCAUCAAUGCUCGAAGGCUUCACAAGCAAUCCAGCCAGGCUGAUCGCUAUGGAGUCCUCUGUGCUGCUGGAAGAGAGAUGGCAAAGCUGCUGAAAAAUGCCGGCCAGCCUGUUGUCCCACUCGUCCUUAUCUCAUGUGAAGAAGAGGAUAUCGAAACAUGGGAGUCCUCGUUCACUUCCGAUGUCGAUGCUACACCCCGCCAAUACAUUGGCCAGUUCGUUGAUUACUUCGGCCCUCCCGCCAUUCCCAGUCCCCACCUCCUCUCCCCUCGCAAGCCAGCCCCCUCCAUGCAUGUUACCGAACCCGAGGAAGAGGAAGAAAGGCAGGACAGUUUGCUAGAUGCAUUGCUUGACAUCGCGUCCACCGAUGGCGCUUCCGUCCCUCAUACUCCGCAAGCUGUGGCCAAAGUCAAGAGUCAUUCUCGGCCUCGUCGUAUUCCCAAGCGAGACGCGAGCAAGAAACGAACUGCAAAGCAAGACACUGGUCGUUUGCUAGAUUUACCGCUGGACAUCCCAGACAUCGGGUGCGACGACGAUCACGCUAGCGUCCCUCAUAUUUCGAAGGCUGUGGAUCCUUCUCGGCCUCGUCGUAUCGGUAUUUCUAAGCGAGACGCGAGCAAGAAACGAACCAAGAAGGAGGGAUCAAGCAAGAAACAACGAGCAGUCAAGGAAGCUGACGACGUCCUGGCCAAGUUUGGCGAGGUAUCGGCUCGUCUUGACAAACUCGACGGUGAUUUCCAGGACUUGCGCGGUGACAUCGAUGCCUUCGACGUCGAGCUUAAGGCCUUUGGAGAAGAACUUUCGCGUUUAUUCGGAGGCUCCGCUAAGUGCUUUCGCCUUUCCAUCAUCGGACCAGUAAGUGCUUUCGCCUUUCCAUCAUCGUUCCAUAAGUGCAUCUUCUCUCUCCUGGGCGGCGCGCAAGCGUGGACCAACCCUGCUUUAUCCGGUGUAGGAACAGUUGUGCAAUCUACCAACCACCUUUCCCAAGCGGUGAUCUGCGAGCAAAAGGCUGCUAUAUGGCGCACCGACGGGCAGGACUCGUAG